AUGAGCCCAACGCAAUACGUCGUCAAGGAGACCAUCAAGCUCAACGCCGACGGGACGAACUACCCCGAAUGGUCCGACCAUGUCGAACAGAAGAUCUGCCAGCAAAAGCUCCGCAAGUACUUGACGUCGAGCACCCGAUUCCAUCCACCGCGACAACCUCAAGAAGCCAACGAGAAGACCACCAUCGUCAACAAGAUGCUGCUCCGCCGCGAGCUCUCGACUCUAACAUGGAAACCCAAUGAAACGUACGCCACGUUCGUCCACCGAUUCCAAGAGUGCGUCCGUAAGAUGUUUGAAGCUGGCGACAUGACCCCCGAGGCCGACCGCAUCGUCGAGUUCCUCUACUUACUACCAUCGAGUUUUGAAGCCAAGGUCGACUCGAUCCUCGAGCACAUUGCCAAGAAUGACCCCGAAUACUGCUCCUUGAUCGCCGUGAUCAAGUCCGUUGAAAUUGUUGCCGAUCGGAUCGCCCACACUUCGAAGACCAACGCCAGCGCGUCCAAGGUUCGUGGCACCGACGAAGCCUAUCACACGGAGGCUGGUGACAAAUUCUGCACGUACUGCGAAUGGAAAGGCCACGACCUCAGCGAGUGCCGCAACAAGAAGCGCGAUGAAGCCAACGCCAGACUACGCCAAAAACACAGCGGCAACCCGUGGCGCGGCGGCAACAUGCCCGUUUUCCAACGAUUUUGA